AUGGACAACGAAGAUGUAAUAGCAAAAAACAUUUUUGGAAAAAAUGAAAAAAUGAAAAAAAAAAAAAGAAAAAAAAAGUUUAAGAAAGAUUUACUCUCUACUUCAUCAUCAAGUAAAACAUUAGAAAAGCGUUCUAAAAUUAUCAAGAGAAUACAAAAGAAGAAAAAAUUUUCAGAUGGUGCAAUGGUAAUGCUAGGUGGGGAGCAGAAAUGGAAAAAGAGGAACGUAAAGGAAAAUGCCUUAAAUAGUGGAAUACUCAAUGACGGGAAAAAUAAACGUACUGGUAAAACUGGAGGAAAAGGAAAAAAAAUUAACAUUCAUAGUUCUAGUGAAGAUAAUAGGGAAGAUAAGGAAUGCUUACAUAACAAUUGUUAUACGAGUGAUAAUGUUUCCCAGGGGACUUAUGAAAAGGGGAGUAGUCUUAGGAAUCGAGUAAAAAGAAAGGAGAGUCAAAAGAAAAGAUUUGACAAAGGGAGGGGAAAAAAUAAAGGGGAAAAAAUAAAGGGAAAAAAAAAAAUUAGUAAUAGUAAUGGAAACAUGUCAAAUGAAGAUAACACUGCCGAUGAUGCAUACUCCUUUUCGUCAUUUGAAGGUAAAUUUGGAUAUAUAAAAGAUAAGAAAACGUUAAAAGAAAAAAUGCUUCUUAUGGAUAAGUAUUCGGACGAUAUGAAUAAUGGUAAUGAUGAAAAGAAAGGAAAACAUUCCUCUGCAACCAGCUUUAUAAAUUUUUUGAAAACUUUUAAUGAAAAGGAGAAAGAAAAUAUAUUGUUGAGGACAGUGAAGAGUAAGGACAAUGAAGAGGAGGGCGAGGAAGAGAAUGACGAUACGUUAUACAGAUAUUUGCCACAAAAGGAUGAUAUAUAUAAAGUUAAUAAACCUGAUGAGUACAUAGAUAUUGCUGACCUUAUUCAUCCUGUGGAAAAUGUAUUAGAAAAUAAAGUUAUGAGUGAUAUUAACGUGUUAAUAAAUGAAGAUGAUAAGAAGCGUAAAUAUAAUAAUAAUAGUAAACAUAGACAUAUUUCAGUCUUAGAAGAAGAGAAAAUUAAUGGACAAAUCGAGUAUAUCAGGAAUGUAGAAGCUUUAAAUAAAAUGAAUAAGUCAUAUCAUGUUAUACAGAAUUCCCAACGAGUUUUAUUUGGUCAUAAGGGUAAAGAGGAGGAGAGUCUCACCUCCGAUGAAUACCUUAACAAAGGCCUGUUAAAAAGAUAUAACAAAACGAAGGUAUACUGGAGUGGUAGUUAUGAUGUCAAUAAGGGAGAAAGCAACGGUUACUCUAUUAGAGGUAAGGAGGAGAACUUGGGGGCGAGUGAUAAUUCUAAAGCGGUAGGUUCGGGGGUAGGUGUAGCUGUGGGUGAUCCGACUGGGGCAGAUUUUUCGGCGCAAGAUUUUGAAGAAGAGAUGAGAAAGAAUUUAGAAAAAUCAAAAAUGCUAAUAGUGUCUGAUGAUAUUUUAAAAAAUGAAAAAGAAAGAAAAAGAGAAGAAUUAAGGAAAAUUGCACAGCUAAAAAUGCUACUAUUAAAAGAACGGAAAAAAAAUAUGUAUAGAAAACAUAUUAAAUCUAAAUCGUAUAGAAAAUAUCUAAGAAUAAAAGAAAAAAGAGAAGAAGAAAAAAUAUUGGAUCAAUUAUAUUUGGAGCAUCCUGACCUAGCUAGAGAUAUCAGUAAUUAUGAAAAAGAAUAUGCACAAAAAAGAAAUAUUAUAAAUAAUGUAAAAAAGAAAAGGAAAAUUGUUAGUUUACUUAACCGUUAUAAGAAUGAAGAACUGAGAAAACAAAUUAUUAAAAGCUUUCAAAGUGACAAAGAGGAAAAAACCUUGUUAAAAAAAAUUAUCGAAAAGACUACCAUUGGAAUGGAAAAGGAUGAUGAGGAUGCCUACGCGAGUGCCAACAGGAGCGGUAGAGCGGAUGAAGAAACCCCGCUUCUUCAGAGCGAAAGCGAUAUCGGUAGUGAUGAUGGUGGCAGUACUAAUGAUAGCGGUGGUAGCAGUGAUAGCGGCGGCGAUGAAGCGGAGGAGGAAAACAUCAAAAAGGAAAGAAAAAAAAAAGUCAAGAGGGAGCUAAAAAAGAGAAAUCUAUUAAGAUUUGCUUUUGUAAAAAAUGCGGAUGAAAUUAAGAAGAAUGAUGAAAUUUAUAAAAACAGAAAAAGUAUGUUACACAAAAUUGAAAAGGCUAGCGAUGAAAGAAAUGCCUUACUAAGUGACUCUUCAGAUGUUGAGAAGAAAGAAGAGUUAGUAUCAGAUGCUACCCAUUCGAACAAUAAUAAUGUAGGAAGAUCGAGUCGUAAGGAAAUUGCUAAGGCGAAGAAGGAAUUAACGAAUGAUGCAAAUUUUGUUAACAUGCUGAGGAAGAGCAGCGUUUUGAACGAGGAUGAUGUUAUUCGUAGUGAAGGGGAAUCGCUUGAUGGGGGCUUGGUUAAGGAGGCAGAAGAAAAGGAUGCAGCCAAAGAUGCGGACAAAGAUGCGGACAAAGAUGCGGACAAAGAUGCGGACAAAGAUGUGGACAAAGAUGCGGACAAAGAUGCGGAAAAAGAUGUGGACAAAGAUGCGGACAAAGAUGCGGAAAAAGAUGUGGACAAAGACGCGGUCAACGAUACCACUAAAGGCAUAAUUGACCCCAGGGGCGAUCUCGGCUUCAUCAACCAGAUCAACGGUGAAGAGGUGUUGAAAAGCUACGGGGAAAAAUUAACUAUGUACAAUUUCGAGAACAACGUAUUUGAAGAUCUAAUAAACAUAAAUGAAGCUACUGUGAGUAGGGAGGAUGAAGAGUUGUUCGAGCUGAGUGACAGUGAAAGAGUAAGUAUUGAUGAUAUAAAUAUAAGUCAGUGGUGCAACUAUAACACUUUGGUAAAUAUAGAAAAGAGUAAAAUUCAGAAGGAAAAAGAAAUUAUCGAAAAAAAAAAAAAUAUACCUUUACAUACUAUAAAUAUAUAUAACAGAAAAGAUAAAAAGUUUGACAAGUAUUAUGUUGAUAAAAUACCUUUUCCAUUUAACAAAGAGGAAUAUGAAAAAACGCUAAAUAUAAAUAUAAAUAAAGAAGUAAAUGAUAUGUCAGUGUAUACACACUUAAUAACCCCUCGUAUAUCAAACAAAGUAGGUAAUAUCGUUCCACCUUUGAUUAGAAAUCCGCAUGAAAUUGCAAGUAUACUGACUGUGAAGAGGAAGAACAAAAACAAGUCAAAGUUAUGA